AUGGACAGCGCUGGCCAAGCGAGGCCGCAAUCCAGGCCAGCGCUCGCGGAGCGAACAGGUCAUGUGGCCGCCCUGGCGCGGCGCUCAAGCUGGCAGCGGGCCGUGGCCUUGGCAGCGGAGAUUCCAGCAGAGCUUCGCGAUGCGCGGCUCCAGGAUGCCGCCCUGGCAGCCUUUUCACGCUCACGCCGCUGGCGCGAAGUUUUGGGACUUGUGCCGCUGAGCCCAAGCACCAGCAGCUGCAACGUGGCUUUGGCUGCCUGCCAGCGUGCACGAAGAUGGAAAUUGGCCCUGCACCUCGCUCAGGUGCCAAGUUGUCCCGACCUUCAGACAUACAAUGCUGCCAUUGCAGCCUACAGCGCCGCGCCGGCCGAAAGCGCCGGUGCUGCGGCAUUGGUCGCCGCGCUCCGGGCCGAAGGCUACCAGCCAGACCAGGUGACCUACAACAGCUGGGCAAAGGCAUGCGCUCGCUCAGAUGGGUGGCAAGCAGCUGUUCGAGUGGUCUUCCAAGAGGCUGACAAGGUGGAUGCAGUGGCUGCCACAGCUGCUGCAUCAGCUGUGUCAGGUCGUUGGAGGUCCGCUUUGGCAUGUGUCUGCGGCUUAAAGCUCAGAGGCAGCCAGAGUGACACCACGCUUCUGAAUACAGCCAUUAGCUCCUGCUCCACAGCCACACUGUGGCAGCCGGCGCUUCAGAUCCUUCAAGAUCUGGUGUGCCCAAGCGGCUUGCAUCACCCAGACAUUGUGACUUGCAACACCGUCAUUACAGCUUGCGGCCGCGGUGAGCAGGGCUCUCGCGUCAUGAAGCUUCUGGCCGCACUGGAAAACUGGUCAUUAAAAGCAAAUCAGAUCACCCUGAACUCGCUACUGAGCGCCUGCGAUGGAAGAGGAGACUGGGUGAUGGCCAUGAGUUUGCUGCAGAGACAAAGCCGGCGUAGCGUGAAAGCAGAUACAGCAUCACUGACCGCCUGCCUGGGUGCCACAGGGCGCAGCUCACAGUGGGUGGCUGCUCAAGCGCUGUUGGCAUCCUCCAAUUGCGCUGGACUGCGCGGCGACCGGCACGCAGUAAGCGUUGGUGUUCUUGCAGGCAGCCGGGGCUUUGCUUGGAACAGCGCUUUGCUCUACGUGACUGACAUUGGCACCGCUGUGCUGGAUUGGACGGGUCACUGGGAAGCUGCUGCUGUGCUCUGGGAGUUCUUCGGCUCCAAAGGUAUGGAAAGCUCCACAGACGCUUCCAAUUCUGUCCUUGGUGCUCACAGAGCACAGUGGCCGCGGGCGCUGCACCACUUGCACGCUGCGCGGAGGCUUCGCCUGGCGGACCAGGCCUCCUUCAAUGCUGCUAUGAGCACAUGUUGUGGAACCCGUUCUUGGCACCAGGCACUGUGCUGGCUCGAUGAGUCACAUCAUCGCCUCGUGACGAUCAAGGAGGAUGUCAUGGUGGGGUUCAAUACUGCCAUGUCGUGUUGUGAAAGCAUUGUGACUUGGACAAGAAGCCUGGACUUGCUGAACGCACUCCUCGAGGCAGCAGCGCAGCCAGAUCAGAAGAGCUACCGCUCCCCGAUUCGCAUGGCCGGCUGUGGCUCAAGCUGGGAAUUGGCAGCAAAACUGUGCGCUGAGAUGUUGGGACGCCGCGUGCUUGACGGCGACGCCUCGGCGCUCAGCGCAGCGGUUUGGGCUGCGGAAGCUGCGGAGGUCCCAGUCGCGCUCGCAAGAGGCUGGACGGUGCAAGCAGAUGGUGCGGUCACAAAAGCGAGCGCUGCACUGCACAGCCUGGCUAAGCUCCAGCGAAAGGCGUUGCGAGGAGCAUGGCGAGAGCUGAGCAAGUCCCAUGAAGGAGGCGCCCAGGAAAAUCCGGCCCGCAGCGGCUUGGCCACAGCCGCGCAGCACUUCUCGGCGGCCUACCCACCUAUGGCGCCACCACGACGAAAUCCUGCCCGUGCUACUGUGAGACAUGAGUGGCUCUGA